GACUCCUAUCAAAAAUAGAGAGCAAGAAUAGUUAGUGUUUUGGCGGGACGAAGCAAAAUUCAUUUAAACCUCGAAGAGACACAGUGUCGCGGGAGCAACAUUUACUCUCCCAAUUCGAACCCCACAAAACAACCGAGAGUCUCACAGAAUCCCCAACGACACCGUCCACCGUCGUUUCAAUAUGGACUCGGAGCUAAAGUCAGCGAAAUCCGCUUUUCGGAACGCCAAAGCAGAGGGUAACCGCCGCGAGGAAGCACGAUGGGCUAACGUCAUCGGCGACAUACUUAAAAACAAAGGAGAAUACGUCGAAGCUCUCAAAUGGCUCCGAAUCGAUUACGACGUUUCUCUCAAACACUUACCUGAGAAACACUUGAUCCCAACUUGUCAAUCCCUCGGCGAGAUCUAUCUCCGUCUCGAACGUUUCUCCGAUGCCCUAACUUACCAGAAAAAACAUUUAGAGCUAGCGAGAGACGUAAACGACAUCGUUGAGCAACAAAGAGCAAGCACGCAGCUAGGUCGAACAUACUACGAACUGUUUUCGAGAUCAGAACACGAUCACAAUUCGAUUCGCAAUGCGAAGAAGUAUUUCAACUGUGCUAUGGAUCUUGCAGUUUCUCUAAAAAAGAAUCCACCUAAUAAUAAAUCAUCAUUUCUUAAGGAAUAUAUUGAUGCUUAUAACAAUAUAGGCAUGCUUGAAAUGGAUCUUGAUAAUUUGCAUGAGGCGCAGAAGAUUCUCACUACUGGGUUGGAGAUUUGUGAUGAAGAAGAGAUUAGUGAGUAUGAUGACGGACGUAGUAGGUUACAUCAUAACCUUGGGAAUGUUUAUAUGGAAUUGAGAAUGUGGAAUGAAGCUAGGAAGAAUAUUAAGAGGGAUAUUUUGAUUUGUCAUAAAAUUGGACAUUGUCAAGGGGAAGCUAAGGGAUAUAUUAAUCUUGGUGAAGUGCAUUACAGGAAUCAGAAGUAUGAAGAAGCUCGGUCUUAUUAUGAGAAAGCGCUUGCUUUGGCGAAGUCAUUGGAGGAUGAGGAUGCUUUGGUCAGACAGAUUAAUCAGAAUAUUGAAACUGUUAAAGAAGCUGUUAAAGUUAUGGAUGAAAUCAAGAGAGAAGAGCAGAAGCUUAAAAAACUCAAAAGAGAAAUGGCUACUGCUAAAGGGACACUGCACGAGCGCAAGUGUCUGCUGCAGCAAAAUGGGUCUCUGGAACUCCUUGUUGAGAAAGCAAGGAUGAUUUCUGCAUGGGAGAAGCAUUGUGAAUUUGCAAAGGAGAAGAAGAAAAUAGCACAUGAACUUUGUGACAGGCAAAAGUUGGGUGAUUCAUACCUGGAUAUUGCAGAAUCAUACCAGAAGCUCCGAAAAUUCAACAAGGCAAUCAAAUGGUACAAAAAGAGUUGGGAAAUGUAUAAAACAAUUGGUAAUUUAGAGGGGCAAGCACUGGUGAAAAUUAAUAUCGGUAAUGUUUUGGAUUCUACUCACAAUUGGAAAGAAGCGUUGAAUGCAUAUCAGGAGAGCUACAGGAUUGCUGUUGAAGCAGACCUUCCUAAUUUACAGCUUUCUGCCUUGGAAAAUAUGCAUUAUAGCAACAUGAUAAGAUUUGAUGAUGAGGAUGAGACCAGGAGGUUGAAACUUCUAAUUGACAAGCUUAAGAAGUCACAUGAAGAGCAAGAAGCUAAUGGUACGCCUGAGGAUUGUUGCUCGGAGACUGAUACUGAAGAAGAUGAUUGUAUGUCAAAUAGUGGGCCUGAUGAUUUUUGCUUUCCAAAGACUCCUGGAGAAGAAUUGAAUGAUGAUAAUACGCCUCUUAUGUCUCUAUAUCAGUCCAUUAAAGGUUCAUCUAGAAAGACAACAAGUCAGAAGGAAAGCCUUAGCAACUCUACCAAGCAAUUGGAGCAGUCACCUAAAAGUCUUACAAAACUAACAAGCGAGCAUCAAGCAGUUGUUGGCCGUAAACGUGUCCGUGUAAUUCUUUCCGAUGACGAUGAUGAUGAGAUGGAAUGCUCAAGCAGAAAGGAUCAUGACUGCAUGUUAGAGGACUUGCCCGAUUAUGAUGCAAUUAAGAGUAAAAUCAGUCCUAGUAAAACUCAGAUUGUCCCAGAGUAUGGAUCUAAAUGUGCAAUUAACGUCGAAGAAAGUAGUAGUUCUUUCAAAUGCUGGAGUCCAAAUAGGGCCACUGAAACUUGCAAACGUUCCAGAUCAUUGAGCAAUGAUAUAGUUGUUGAACCCGACUUUCCUAGUAGUUCUAAAUGCGAUACAAGUAUCUCUGGCAAACAAAAUGGUGUUGCCCAUCCCAUGAAGCUUCAUUCCCUAAAUGAUCAAUAUAUUGCAUGUCGGAUUGAAAAUGAUAUAAUUUAUGUAGAAGCAGCCUUGUGCGCUGCUGAUCAAUUCGACAUUGACUCAUUAAAGUCUUUAGUUGCAUGCCUAUACUAUCUACAAUUUCCAACGGAAAAGAGAUCAGAAGGUUUGUUGCCUAUUAUUCAGCACUUAAAAUGUGCUGGAAGAGAUCUAGAGUCGCUGGAUACUGUUGAAAAGCUUAAGGAGCAUCUGCAAAAUAACAUGGUUGAAGCUUCCAUUGAUGGAUGGAUUCAGAAGCGCCUAAUAAAAAUGUAUGUAGACUGCUGCAAGGAGUUGUCUGAGGUACCAAAGAUCAAGUUGCUGAAGAAACUUUACAAUUUAGAGAUUUCUGAUGAUGAAAUUGUUGCGUCUGACUGUGACCUGCAAGAUUUGUCUAUAACACCAUUGAUAGAUGCACUGCAUUCCCAAAUGGCAUUUUCAAUGCUUGACGUCUCUCACAAUUGCUUAGGAAAUGGGACAAUGGAGAAACUUAGAAAGGUGUUCACAGCAUCAGGUCAAUCUUACGGUGACUUAACUCUGGAUUUGCAUUGCAAUCGAUUUGGCCCAACUGCUUUGUUCCAGAUUUGUGAAUGCUCUGUGCUAUUUGCUCGACUCGAAGUGCUAAACAUUUCUGGAAACCGUCUUACUGAUGCAUGUGGAUCUUAUCUUUCAACAAUCUUAAAAAACUGUACAGCUCUUUGUAGCUUGAAUGUAGAGAACUGUUGUAUAACAUCGAGAACCAUUCAAAAAAUUGCUGAUGCAUUGGACUCUAGAUCUGUACUUUCACAUCUUUGUAUAGGACACAAUAGCCCUGUAUCUGGAAAUGCUAUAGUUAAUCUUCUAUCUAAGCUUUCUACUUUAAAAAGGUUUUCUGAGUUGAAUAUGAGUGGUUUAAAGCUAGGCAAAUCGGUUGUCGAUACCCUUUGCCAACUUGCUGGGACCUUGACUUUGUCAGGACUUAUACUUGGAGGCACUGGUAUUGGAAACGAAGGAACCAUAAAAUUAACAGAAUCAUUGCUCAAAGGGACUGAAGAGCUUGUGAAACUUGACCUAUCAUAUUGUGGGCUAACAUCUGACUAUAUUUUAAACAUCAAUGUUUUUUCUUUUUGGUUCAUCCUUGAGUUAAACCUGGAAGGAAAUCCUAUUAUGCUUGAGGGAAGCAAUACUCUAUUUUCGCUUCUCAAAAACCCACAGUGCUGUCUCAAAGUUUUGGUCCUUCGGAAGUGUCAACUUGGACUGGCUGGAGUUCUUCACAUAAUUGAGGUUCUUGCAGACAACAGCACCUUGGAGGAGCUUAAUCUUGCUGAUAAUUCUGCUCUGACUGAACUUUCUGCUCUACAAUGUGAUUCAUCGGCUAAAAGCGGCUCACAGAACCAGGAGCAGAAACUAGAUAUUGUAAAAGUGGAUGAUAAUCCAGAGGUCUUUUGCUCUCUAAAUACUUUCGACGAACAGCUAGAAGUUCCUGAUAGUGAAGAUAGUCAAGUUAAUGCAGAAGCUGCUGCUUCUGGAAUCGACAACAGCUGUGCCAGUUCAUGUCAAAAAAAUUCAUCUCCCGAGUGCCAUUUAACUCAGCAAUUUUCAACUGCUAUUGCAAAGGCAAAGAACUUACAAUUACUGGACCUUAGCAAUAAUAAUUUUUCUGCGGAAGCUGCAGAAACAUUCUAUGAUUCGUGGAGAACUUUACGACCCCUUUCAAAUCAUAGGCACAUUACUAAGCAAAUUAUUCAUUUCUCAACAAAGGAAAAGAAGUGCUGCAGUGUAAAACCUUGCUGUAAGAAAGUUUGAUCCGUGGCCCCCAUGUUAAUGUACUGACUAAAAGAGGUAAUUAUCCAGUCAAUGAGAACAUUUCUAUAAAUAAAAUAGCCGUUGCUUUACUUAUAAAUAUGUUCAUCUUCAACAGCUAUAAUUUAAGAAUGUAUUGCAAGGAAGUACAGGUCCUUUAGUUUCAUUUAUCAUGUAAAACUCGUUUAUAAAGUGGUCAUCUUUAUAAAAAGGGCAAGCAUAUGUACACAGAAAAA